AGAACUACCCUUGAUGGUCAUCGCCACUGUCGGCGCUCCAGUUACGAACGUGGUACAAGAGUUCAAAGAGGACUCGGAACGCAAGAUCUAUGUCCCGUGCCUGUGAGACGAUUGUUUUGUGCAAGGAGGUCACAAGUGCCUCGACCUCAGCACGGCUGAGUUCUUUUAACAGUGUCAGCGCCAGGAAUAGUCAAGCCUUUCAAGGAAACGUACUGCUCAGGCUUUCUGUGUUGAUCACGGCCGUCCCAUCACUAGCAACCAUUCCGGCCGAGACACCACCUUCCUCCUCCGGUCUAACUUGCACACUGCCCAUUUUUGCUCUCAGCUCUGCCUUCAUCUCCUCCAUAAGCCUCUCGCCUUGCUCAAGAUUGUUCUGCUUGUUCUCGUCGAGUCGUAGGACUGGGGUCCCAUCACUCUGAUACUGCACGAUCCUGAUUUAGAGGCGUAUCGGCGUGUGCCUUCGUUAGUGAGGGUGGGAGGAGACGUUGGGACCCGCAAGCUUCGACCGCGCCACGGCCGCAAGUAUG